AUGGCAUUAACCAAGGUCGUUCUUCUUUGUAUUCAAAAUAAGAAAUAAAUAACAAUUACUCAUGAUUAAAUCUAUAAACACUUCUCCUAAUAUGGCUAGAUCGAAAAAAUUUUGAUAUUUGAAAAAACUCAAAUUUGGAAAGUCUUUUUGGAAACCAAAAACAAAGAAACUGCAUAAAACUUAAUAAAGCAAUGCACUAACAAUAUUUUGAAUUAAGAUGCUUCCUUAAGAAUGUAAUUGUAUCCCAGCAACCUAGAGAAUCCCACCUUUUCUGAUAUGAAUUCUGCUGGCAAAGAUUAUUUUAAAUCCAAAGAGAAACGAGACUCUCUUAAUUCAACUGACGACGAAUAGACUUCAGUAGGCAGCCAAGGUGAAUAAUAUCCUAAUCUAAAUUCCACCAAAAAUUAUCCCCAAAAUAUUUAAUAAUCAAUCUAUUAAUACUAACAACAUUUACAACAAAGAUUAUACGAAUAAUAAGUACUCUAGAUGAGACUCCAAACCCAAAGUUUGGAUCUCCAAGUCCCUGAUUAUGUAAAUACUCUAGCCUCAGCAUAAUGGGUUGAAUAAUUUGUGUAAUUGGGAAAAUUACUUCAAACUUAAUAUCUACUUCAAUAUCAACUUAUUGAUGGCUAUAUUAAUUAUAUCAAAUAGGAAUCUGUUAAUGCUUUAUCAGAAAUUCAAAACUAACAACGACAACAAUAAUUAUAAUAAUAAUAAUAGUUGCAAACUCAAAUUAAUACUCUUAAUCAAAUCUACCAUGUUGAGUAACCAGAGAAAUCCAGAGUCAUUGUGGCCAAGUCUUUUGAUGACUCUGUUACUACCAUCGACAUGCUCUAUAACCUUUUUAGUAUCUAUGGAAACAUAGACAAAAUGGUAUAUUAGAAGGACAAAUCCACCUUGUUGGUUGAAUACCAUCUCUAAAAAUGUGCUGAUCAAUGUAUGGAGAAGUUGAAUAAUGUUGUAUUCCAAGGCCAAACUCUUUAAAUUACCUAUUCAAUUCUGUAAGAAAUAACAUUCUUAGAUGAACUAGAAGAAUUGGGAUUGGUCGAAAAGACUUUCUAUGAAGAAAGAUUCAUUGGAUCUGAAGCCACUAAUAGAUAUAAACCAAAAAAUUCCUUUAUUGCUGCUGCACCCAAUGAUACUAUCUUUCUGAUGAAUUUAUCAAAUGAAUUACUCAACAUUGAAAGUCUACAACCCCUUAUAGAAACUGAUAUUGUUGAAUAUAAAUUUUAUGAGGACCCAAAGUAAAAACAUAGCUGUGCCUUAAAAUUCAAAACUGUUGAAGAUGCUAUGUAUUUCUUAGCUAAAAAUCAUGGCAAAGUAAUGGCUGAUAGAAAAAUCUUAAUGACUUUUUCCAAAAAGCCUAUGUGAUUCAAUUUUUAUAUAAUUAUUAAUUUAAACACCUGCUCAAA